UAUGAGGUAAAAACGUGAUAAUUAGCAUGUUAAAAAAAUUUGGGAGGGGGGUGCUACUUCGCGGUUUUUGACUUGUCGCGGUGGAUUCUGGUUCCCAUUAACCGCGAAAAACGAGGGGUGACAGACUCACAGUACAUGGAUACAUUGACAAAAUUAAAGUACUGUGAACAAAAAAUAUUUCAAAAAUAUUUUAUUAACAAGUCGUAAUGUCUGGAUCAGUGUUAUGUUGUAUUAUAACGUUAAAACAUUUAAAUUUAAAAAACUAAUAAUGUGUCAAAUUCGUCUAUUUUACGCGACCGGUUCGCUAGCAAGCCCCGCCCUCUGGAGGCGUGCGGGGAGAACGCAUCCAACACACGUCGCGAGUAUCGAGGGGCGCGAAAACGAGCAAGGAGAAGCCCCCAACUUGUCCUCCCUUGUGGACCCCCCUGUUUUGUCUCCGCCGAGCGUGAGCAAAAUGCAGGCGGAGGACAUGGAGGUCCCGCUGCUCAAUAACCUGAACGACAACGGCGACAGGCUGAGGUCGAAAGGGAAGGAUGUGUUCAAGGACCAGCAGAAGGAGUCCGAGAGCUCCAUGGAGUCUCCCAACCUGGAGUUUGAAUAUGGAGACACAGACACACUCAUGGCUGAAAUAUCAGAGCUUUACAGCUACACCGAGGAACCCGAGUUCGCCCUGAACAGAGACUGCUUUGAGGAAGACUUCAGAAGCUACGCUCGAGAUCAACGCUGGAUCGAUCUGAGCUCGGAGGAGAGGCGCACGUAUGUGAUGAGAUUACUCGACGCUCUAGAGGUCACCGACCGGGACAAGAGACUGAAGGUGGCACGGGCGAUCCUCUAUCUUGCUCAAGGUGUGUUCGACGAAUGUGACGCCGAGUUGGAUGUUCUCCGCUGGUCAAGGCGCAACGUGUUCCUCCUGUACGACAUGGGCAUCUUCACAGCCUUGCUGGAGCUCCUCAGCAUGGAGAUCGAUAACAGUCAAGCAUGCAGCAGUGCAGUGAGGAAACCUGCUAUCUCGCUCGCGGACAGCACAGAACUCAGAGUAUUGCUCAGUAUCAUGUACCUGAUGGUGGAGACCAUUCGAGUUCAAACGGAGGACGACGGACCCGAGUGGAGAGCCGCCAGAGAGGCCUUCAAGACCGAGCUAGGUGCGCCUUUAUACAACGGCGAGCCUUUUGCACUGCUCCUCUUCUCCAUGGUGACCAAGUUCUGCAGUAUGAACGCACCUCAUUUCCCCAUGAAGAAAGUUCUUCUUCUAUUAUGGAAGACCAUUCUGUUAACCUUGGGCGGCUUUGAGGAACUCCAGGAAAUGAAAGUACGAGACCGCCAACGUCUCAACCUGCCGCCCCUCCCCGAAGACAGCAUCAAGGUGGUGAGGGCCAUGCGAGCCGCCUCUCCGCCGGCCUCCGCCAUGGAGCUCAUCGAGCAGCAGCAGCAACAGAAGCGAGGGCGUCGCAGUCGGAGGAGUGCCUUUGUUGAUAGCUUGGAAGGAGACAGUCCCUUUCCCAAGAAGCAGCCGCUGGUUAAGCAGGACAGCCUGGACACGUACAACGAGCGGGACCCUUUCAAAAACGACGAUGUCCGCGACGAGGAGGACGACCCCGAGGACGGCGACAACGGCGCGGAGGGCGAGGUGGACCCGUUGGACCGCGACGUCAUCAUCCAGCCCCCGCCGCCGCCGCCUCUGCGGCCCCUCGCCGAGAGGGUCAACUUCCCCAAGGGUCUCCCGUGGGCUCCUAAAGUCAGGGAAAAGGACAUCGAGCACUUUUUGGAAACCAGUCGGAACAAAUUCAUCGGCUUCACCCUUGGAAAUGACACCGAGACCUUGGUGGGCCUUCCUCGCCCCAUCCACGAGAGCGUCAAGACUCUCAAACAGCACAAAUACGUGUCCAUCUCCGAAGUGCAAAUGAAACGCGAAGAGGAGCUUCAACAGUGUCCGCUUAGCUUGGGCGAGGAAGACGUUGAAGAGACGCCGGCAGAGACGCUUUACUUGGGAAUGCUUCCAAAUCUCUCGCAAUAUGUGAUCGCCCUUCUUAAGCUAUUGUUGGCGGCGGCGCCGACCUCCAAAGCCAAAACGGAUUCCAUUAACAUCCUCGCCGAUGUGCUGCCUGAGGAGAUGCCAAUUACAGUCCUCCAAAGCAUGAAGCUGGGCAUCGAUGUCAACCGGCACAAAGAAAUCAUCGUUAAAGCCAUCUCGGCGUUGCUGCUGCUGCUCCUCAAACACUUGAAACUCAACCACGUCUACCAGUUUGAAAUAGUCUCCCAGCAUCUGGUGUUCGCCAACUGUAUCCCACUCAUUCUCAAGUUCUUCAACCAGAACAUCAUGUCUUAUAUCAGUGCCAAAAACAGCAUAUGUGUUUUGGAUUUUCCCCACUGCGCCGUCCACGAGAUGCCCGAACUCACCGCCGAAAGCCUGGAGGCUGGCGACAGCAACCAGUUCUGCUGGAGGAAUCUGUUCUCAUGCAUCAACCUGCUGAGAAUCCUCAACAAGCUGACCAAGUGGAAACACUCUCGAACUAUGAUGUUGGUGGUCUUCAAGUCGGCGCCCAUUUUGAAGAGAGCGCUCAAAGUCAAGCAGGCCAUGAUGCAGCUAUACGUGCUUAAGCUGCUCAAAAUUCAAACCAAGUACUUGGGUCGCCAGUGGAGGAAGAGCAAUAUGAAGACCAUGUCGGCAAUCUACCAGAAGGUCCGACACAGACUCAAUGACGAUUGGGCCUACGGGAACGAUAUUGAUGCGCGGCCUUGGGACUUCCAAGCGGAAGAGUGCGCCCUGCGCGAGAGCAUCGAGAAGUUCAACAGCCGGCGGUACGACAAGAACCGCAACGGCGACUUCGCGCCCGUCGACAACUGCCUGCAGAGCGUGCUGGGCCAGCGCGUGGACCUUCCCGAAGACUUCCACUACAGCUACGAGAUGUGGCUGGAGAGGGAGGUCUUCUCGCAGCCUAUCGAGUGGGAGGGUCUCCUUCAGGAACAAUAAAAAAGAAGAAGACAAAUAAGGUAGCAGGGUUAAAGUGAACCAGCCUGGUAGCAACCACUUUUACACUCUUAUGCACUCGACAGGUUUUAUGUCCCCAUUUGGAUUAUAUGUUUGUAACGGUGUGUAUGGUGAAAUUUUGUAGUCUAAAAACUGUACAUCUCACACAUUUUGUCUUGAACAAACUUGUGUUUCCAUUUGGAAUUGUUUUUUUUAAAGAAUUGCCUUUUGAAAGUGUCCUGAAAAAAGUAGGUCCCCAUUUUGUAGAAAGUUCGACAAUGAAAAAGUGUGUAUACUAAAGUUUGGAUCUCAUUUUAAAUGUACUUAUUUAACGUGAAAUCAGAGAUGAAAUGUAACACACUGACUAAGUGACUUUUAACUCAUUGAUGGAAGCCCGUUCCAGUUGAACUUCGCCGCCAAUUCUCCCACUUCAAACGGAUUGGUCGUCUAUGGCCGUCAGUGGCAGCCAAUGCCAGGCAAUGGGUUCAUUUUGGGGCAUUUUACGUCAGUUCUUGAGGAUUUUCCGUCACUUCCAUUUCUUUUGGGGGCAUUUACGAGUCACUUCCUGUUGAUUUUGGUUCACCUUCAGUACAUUUUGGGUUUCACUAUUGGUUUUGGGCAUUUAGGGCAACAAUUGGCUAACUUGCAUAGCCAAAGUCGGCUAGCUUGGAUGCUAUAAAAUGCAAAGUUUUUUUUUUUUUUUUUUUACAAUGCUCUUAACAAAUGGUUCAAACACAUAAACUAAAUAACGAAUGAAUUAAAAAAAACAUUAGCUCAAACAAUUACUUAGCUUAUGUUGGUCUUAACUUGGAGCAGCUGCAUUCAGCUAUGUCAAACGAGUCACUUCCUAUAUAUUUUGGCUAACUUUCUGUACAUUUUGGGUCAUUUCACUAUUGGUUUUAGGGCAUUUCGGGCAACAAUUGGCUAAUUUGCGUAGGAAAAGUGCCCUAGCUUAAAUGCUAUAAAAUGCUAAGUUUUUUUUUUUUUUUUUUUACAAUGCUCUUAACAAAUGGUUCAAACACAUAUUCCCUCAAAAACAGCUAAAUAUACCAAUAAACUAAAUUACGAAUGCAUUAAAAAACAUUAGCUCAAACAAUAACUUGGCUUAUGUUGGUCAUAACAGGGAGGAGCUGCAUUCAGCUAUGUGAAACGAGUUAUUUCUUAGGGUUCACUGUUCAUUUCAAGGUAUUUACGAGUCACUUCCGAUUGAUUUUGGCUAACUCUCUGUACUUCUGGGUCAUUUCGCUAUUGGUCUUAGGGUAUUUAGGGCAACAAUUGGCUAACUUGCGUAGCAAAAGUCCGAUAGCUUAAAUGCUACGAAAUGCUAACUUUUUUUUUUACAAUGUUCUUAACAAAUUGGUUCAAACGCAUAUUCCCACAAUAAAACAGCUAAAUAUACCUAUAAACUGAGUUACGAAUGCACUGAAAAAACAUUAGCUCAAACAAUAACUUAACUUAUGUUGGUCUUAACAGGGAGCAGCUGCAUUCAGCUAUGUGAAACGAGUUAUUUCUUAGGGUUCACCGUUCAUUUCAAGGUAUUUACGAGUCACUUCCUAUUGAUUUUGGCUAACUUUCUGUACAUUUUGGGUCAUUUCCUGUUGAUUCUGGGGUAUUUCCGGGUCACUUCCUGGUCAAAAAUCCCUUUCUGUUGAUUUGAGAAAAUUUCCCGCAAACUUCCUAUUGAUUUUGGCUCACCUAUUGGACAUUUUGGGUUAUUUCCCUGUUGGUUUUAGGGCCUUUCCGGGGAACUUUCUGUUUCCCUUACUUCCUGUUGUUUUCAGCUCAUUUCCUAUAUAUUUUGGGUUUCCUGUUGAUUCAGGGGCCUUUUCAGCUAUCUUCCUAUUAUUUAGAGUCACUUUCUGUUGAUUUUGGGGCACUUCCCGGGUACUUCCUGUUCAUCUGUCACUUCCUUUUCAUUUCAGGGUAUUUACGAGUCACUUCCUAUUGAUUUUGACAAACUUUCUGUCCAUUUUGGGUAAUUUCCUUUUUAUUCUGGGGCAUUUUCGGGUCACAUUCUGUUGAUUUGGGGGCACUUCCAAGGUCCAUCCUGCUCAUCUGUCACUUCCUGUUCAUUUCAGGGUAUUUACGAGUCACUUCCUAUUGAUUUUGGCUAAUUUUCUGUCCAUUUUGGGUAAUUUCCUUUGAUUCCAGGGCAUUUCCAAGUCACUUCCUAUUGAUUUUAGAGCAUUUCCACCUAUCUUCCUAUUAAUUUCGGGUCACUUUCUAUUGAUUUUAAAGGCACUUUCGGGGUACUUGCUGGUCAUCUAUCACUUCCAGCGUCAAUCUUGCUCAGUCAGCUGCAUGACACCCGCGUUGGGCUUCCGUGGUCAGAAGGCAUCCUGUAUCUGUUUGCACUUAUCUGCCCAUUGUCUUGGUGCUGCAAGUUUUAAUCAAGUCCAACUGUUCAUAAUAUCAAGUAUAUUCUGCUUGUUUUUCUUAAACUAUUAUAUAAAUGCUAUUUAUUUUAUAUUGGGUGCGUUAGAGUAAUACAAACAGUCAAAUUGACGGCGCUAGAUGUCCAAUCCGUGUGUAGAGCUAAUGUAGAGACUAUUCUAAUGGGAGAUUUUGGUUGCAACCUGUUGGUUUGAUUAUAAUCCCUAGCACAAAAACAGUUACAGACAUACAGAACUGAAUACAUAACACUUCCAUAUUUAGCAGUUGCCUUCAUAAGCUAAUUUUUUGUUCGUUGUUUUUCUACCUGGGCUCCACUGAAGCACACAAACAGAGCACAAGCAGCAUUGUCACAAUAAUGUCAUAGUUUAUCGCAGUUUUCUUGAUGUUGACAGCGUUUCGAAUUGUUUUUAUGUCUCCAAACAAUAACAUACUUGUAGAAUCUCAGGUCAACAUGGAUACUAUAUAGCAAAAGUUGAAUCACUCUGAGCUAAUCCCUCACUUUGUUCCGUUUGUGCCAAAUAUGAGUGCCAUAUUAUUUUCUGACGCUUAUCAUGCUAUUUAAAAAUGCCAAAAUGUUAUUUAUUUUCUACUUCAAAACGGUUAUUGUAUCUCGACAAAUAUUCAAAGGUGUUGUGGUUAUUUCCAUGACGGGGUAAAUUGCGGGGAUGUGCAAUUAUGGAUCAGCCGGAAGCUUUAUUGCAGCUAUAAAUACAUUAUAUGACACUUAAUUAUUAAACAAUGUUUAAAAAAUGUGACUGUUUUUGGUUUUUACACUUAAUUGCUUUGUUCGCUCAGAGUUGAUUAAUUACAAUUGCGGAAUUAUUGUUGCCUACAGACGUUUAAUGUUUGAUCUUGCCACAGAUGCUUAAAGUCGAAGCUUGUUAAACAGUUGCUGUGGCAACUUAUUGCGGGUAAGUGAGGAGUUUAGCAUGCAUUACAGCGCUACAGAUGUAAAUAACAAUCAAAAUUCAUGUUCUGUGCUAAAUAUUUUUUCAGUUACUGUUCCAGUUGUUUCAUUUAUUGCUAGUUAUGCUAUUUGGUAACAUUUUAUUUGACAGUGGCGCCAUAAAAUUGCCAUAAUACCAUCAUAAUUAUGAUAUGAUACAGCCAUGAGCAUUAAUGAACGCUUAUAAUUGCCAUCAAAGUGUAAACCCAAAUAAAUCAACAAAUAAGCCACAGCAUUCAAAUUAAGGGGAAAAAAGUCGCAGUUUAUAUUCCAAAAAUUUGUUUUUUUAUGAUUAUACG